AUGGUGCCACCGGGGGAGGUUUUGAGCACAAAGCUAUUAAGUUUCUGUCUAUUGUCGAUCGGCUUCACUCUCUACCUUCUUUUUAUUUCUUCCGGCCUCACUGAUGGUUUCAGCGACUCACCGAGCCCCAAAGACGAACUUUCACAUCCCACAUAUCGCGGUCGCUACGCCAUCGCCACCUUUCUAGCUGCGAAAUUUGACACAAAGCAAGAGGACAGCGAUGAUGAAGAUGCCCAUUACGUGAGCGCUCGGACGCUCGUGUAUCAGCUACUUCACUCUCCUACCACCAAAUUCCAAGAACCAGUGCCGGUAGUUAUCCUCGUCACCAAAGAUGUGCGGGAAAGUAAGCGCCAGAGACUGCGAGACGAUGGAGCGGUUGUCGUCGAGGUCGAGCAUCUAGCGCACGACAUGGCAAUCACUGUGGAUCGCUGGGCUGAGACAAUCAUCAAACUGCGCUUUUUCGAUCCCAGAAUCGUGCCAUAUGAAAAAGUGCUCCUGCUCGACACGGAUAUGGUCCUUACCCGUCCUAUUGGCGCAAUUUUUCAAGAUCCUGCCACCGAAGUAAGGCACACCGACCGAUCGGCUCUUGUCGAGUCGGAUGCACCUGCACCCCCGGAAGAGUUUAUCAUGGCGGCGUCACCAGAAUCACUGCAAUUCGAUCACCCGUAUCCCUUUCUUGAUCCCGAAAAUACCAAAGAUUAUUUUGACAGUGGCUUGCUUAUGUACUCGCCUUCCAUCGAGCUAUUUCAGUACUAUAUGGAACUCAUCAACAAGCCAGACCUGUUUCAUACUGGCACGCCUGUCCAAGAUCUCCUCAACUAUGCCCACCGCUGGGGAGGACCUAUGCCUUGGAAAAGGGUUCAUUAUUCCUGGUAUCUGAAUUGGCCCAACGAUAAUGACUUGAAAGGCAACAUGUCCCUGUUGCACACCAAGGGGUGGGAUCAUGCCUUUUCAUACUCCAGCGAUGCUGUGAAGAAAUUUGCUUUUGCGCGGAGGUGGGAGAUGGAGGGGUAUUGGAUAGGCAAAGAACGUUCCUAG